AUGGCGUCCAAGGCCAUGUGGGAGGUUGAUCCCGAGACUCGUUCCAAGCUGGCCGCUCUCCAAAAGGAGUCCAAAAACAACGUCUGCUGCGAUUGCGGUGCCCCCUCCCCGCAAUGGGCUUCUCCCAAAUUCGGCAUCUUCAUCUGCCUAACGUGUGCAGGUGUGCAUCGAGGACUGGGAGUGCAUAUUUCCUUUGUGCGGAGCAUUUCCAUGGAUGCGUUUAAAGCGAGCGAAAUCGAGCGAAUGCGACUAGGCGGCAACGAAGGCUGGAAGAGGUUUUUUGAGGAGCACGAGGACACUCAGAUGCGGGGGAUGUCCUGGGACGAUGCGACAAUUGCGGAGCGGUACAGCGGCGACGUUGGCGAGGAGUGGAAGGAGAGGCUUUCGUGUCAGGUUGAGGGCAGGGAAUACGUGCCCGGGGAGAAGAAGCCGGCCGCACCGACGCCGGCCGUGAGAAGCACCUCUUCACCAGCUCCGGCUGCUCAGCGGAUGGCAUCGAGGACCGGCACACCGUUGAGCCAUUCGCCGAGCCGAAGCCAGAGCCCCGGACAGAUGGGUGGCGGUGGCGGUGGUCCAGGAGGCAAGGUCCGAGUGGACGACAGGUACUUUUCGAGAUUGGGCGCCGAGAACGCGUCGAGAUCCGAGCAUCUCCCCCCCAGCCAAGGCGGCAAGUAUGCCGGCUUCGGCAACACACCGGCCCCAGCGGCGUCGACUCAGGGAAGCAUACCCAACCUUGAUGAGCUGCAAAAGGAUCCCAUGGCGGCCUUGUCCAAGGGCUUCGGCUGGUUGACGUCGACGGUGAGCAAGACGGCCAAGACGGUGAAUGAUGGAUAUAUCCAGCCCACUGCCAAGCAAUUUGCAGAAGGUGAUUUUGCCAGGCAAGCCCAUCUCACAGCCGCGCAGUUUGCCAGACAGGCCCAGCUUGCAGGCAAAUCCGCCCAAGAAGGCUUCACCCGCUUUGUCGAGGGCAGCGACGGUCAUCAACGAGAUGCACCACUCGAUGCGAGCCGCAAAGACUUUUGGGACGACUUUUCGAGCUUGGCCGACCAGAAGAAGCAAGGUGACAACGCGAUUGGGACAAGCGCGAUGGGUAUGGGAAAGAAGAGCGCAUCAGGGGGUCCGGCGUCUAAGAAGAAGCAGGAUGACUGGGAUGAUUGGUGA